GAAAACUGCAUCAAAGCCAUUCAGCCAUACCUGCAGGACCCGGAGUUCAACCCAGAGUUCGUCUCAUCCAAAUCUUUGGCCGCCUCCGGUCUGUGCUCCUGGGUCGUCAACAUCGUCAAGUUCUAUGAAGUCUACUGUGAGGUGGAGCCAAAACGCCAAGCCUUAAACAAGGCCAAUGCAGAGCUGGCAGCAGCAGAAGAGAAGCUGGCCACUAUCAAGGCCAAAAUUGCUCAACUGAAUGAAAAUCUGGCGAAACUGACAGCGAAAUUCGAGAAAGCCACCGCAGACAAGCUAAAAUGUCAACAGGAAGCAGAUGCUACCGCCUUGACCAUCAACCUGGCCAACCGCCUGGUCGGAGGCCUUGCAUCAGAAAAUGUCCGAUGGGCCGAAGCCGUGAGGAAUUUCAAACUCCAGGAAAGCACGUUGUGUGGAGACGUCCUGCUCAUCACCGCUUUUGUGUCUUACCUUGGCUACUUUACCAAAAAGUACAGACAGGACCUCAUGGAUAAAACCUGGAAACCCUACCUGGGACAGCUGAAAGUCCCUAUACCAGUAACUCCAUCUUUGGACCCCCUAACUAUGCUGACUGAUGAUGCAGAUGUAGCAACCUGGCAAAAUGAGGGUCUUCCAGCUGACCGCAUGUCUACAGAGAAUGCCACUAUCCUGACCAACUGCGAGCGCUGGCCUCUGAUGGUGGAUCCACAGCUACAAGGCAUCAAGUGGAUCAAGAAUAAAUAUGGGGAAAAUCUUCGAGUAAUCCGCAUUGGGCAGCGAGGGUACCUGGAUACACUGGAGAGAGCCCUGGGCGGGGGAGAUGUGGUCCUUAUUGAGAACUUGGAGGAGAGCGUAGAUCCUGUCCUAGGACCUUUACUAGGAAGAGAAACCAUCAAGAAAGGAAGGUACAUCAAGAUUGGGGAUAAGGAGUGCGAGUACAGUCCCAACUUCCGCCUCAUCCUCCACACCAAGCUGGCCAAUCCCCAUUACCAACCAGAGAUGCAGGCACAGUGCACGCUCAUCAACUUCACUGUCACCCGUGAUGGCCUGGAGGACCAGCUUCUGGCAGCUGUGGUCAGCAUGGAACGACCUGACCUGGAAGAGCUUAAGUCCAACCUGACCAAGGAGCAGAACGGCUUCAAGAUCACCUUGAAGACCCUCGAAGACAACCUUCUGUCUCGCCUAUCUUCUGCCUCUGGGAACUUUCUGGGGGAUAUCGAGCUGGUGGAAAACCUGGAGAUCACCAAGAAGACAGCAGCAGAAAUUGAAGAGAAGGUCCAAGAAGCCAAAGUGACAGAAGCCAAGCUGAACGAGGCGCGAGAACACUACCGCCCAGCCGCUGCCCGCGCCUCUCUCCUCUACUUCAUUAUGAAUGACCUCAAUAAAAUCCAUCCCAUGUACCAGUUUUCUCUGAAGGCAUUCAGCGUGGUCUUCCAGCAGGCUGUACAGAAGGCACCAGCAGACGAGGUCCUCAAACAGCGUGUGGCCAAUCUCAUAGACAGCAUCACAUUCUCUGUGUUCCAGUACACAACGCGGGGGCUGUUCGAGUGCGACAAGCUAACUUACACGGCUCAGUUGGCCUUCCAGAUCCUGCUGAUGAACAAAGAGAUCAACACAACCGAAUUAGACUUCCUUCUGCGGUACCCUGCCCAGCCCGGCCUCACCAGCCCAGUGGACUUCCUCUCUAACCAGUCCUGGGGUGGAAUCAAGGCCCUGUCCACCAUGGAUGAGUUCAGGAGCCUGGACCGAGACAUUGAAGGGUCGGCCAAGCGCUGGAAGAAGUUUGUGGAGUCUGAAUGUCCUGAGAAAGAGAAGUUCCCCCAGGAGUGGAAGAACAAGACGUCUCUCCAGAGACUGUGCAUGAUGAGGGCCAUUCGUCCUGACCGCAUGACCUACGCUGUCAGGGACUUUGUAGAGGAGAAGUUGGGCAGUAAAUAUGUUGUCGGACGAUCUCUGGACUUUGCCACUUCAUAUGAAGAGUCCGGACCGGCCACUCCUAUGUUCUUCAUCCUGUCGCCCGGUGUGGACCCUCUGAAAGAUGUAGAGAAACAAGGGAGGAAGCUGGGCUACACAUUUGAUAACCAAAAUCUGCACAACGUCUCACUGGGACAGGGACAGGAGAUUGUGGCCGAACAAGCCCUGGAUCUGGCAGCCAGAGAGGGACACUGGGUGAUCCUACAGAACAUCCAUCUGGUGGCCAAGUGGUUGAGCACUCUGGAGAAGAAACUGGAACAUAACAGUGAAGGCAGUCACCAGGAGUUCCGGGUCUUCAUCAGCGCGGAGCCAGCCGCUUCAUCCGACGGACACAUCAUUCCACAGGGCAUCCUGGAGAAUUCCAUCAAGAUCACCAAUGAGCCACCUACUGGCAUGCAUGCUAACCUACACAAAGCUCUAGAUAACUUCAACCAGGACACUUUAGAGAUGUGCGCCCGAGAGACGGAGUUCAAAAGCAUCCUGUUCGCUCUGUGCUACUUUCACGCCGUGGUGGCAGAGAGGAGGAAAUUCGGACCCCAGGGCUGGAACCGUUCCUAUCCCUUCAACACAGGAGAUCUCACCAUCUCCGUCAAUGUUCUGUACAACUACCUGGAGGCCAAUGCCAAGGUCCCAUAUGAUGACUUGCGCUAUUUGUUUGGCGAGAUCAUGUACGGCGGUCACAUCACGGAUGACUGGGAUAGGCGCCUCUGCCGGACGUAUCUGGAAGAGUUCAUCAAGCCGGAGAUGCUGGAGGGAGAGCUGUUCCUCGCCCCGGGAUUCCCGCUGCCUGGAAACAUGGAUUACAACGGUUACCAUCAGUAUAUUGAUGACGUGCUGCCAGCUGAGUCUCCUUACCUGUAUGGCCUACAUCCCAACGCCGAGAUUGGUUUCCUCACCCAGACAUCAGAAAAACUGUUCCGCACAGUGCUGGAAAUGCAGCCUCGGGACAGCAGCAUGGGCGAGGGUGGAGGAGUUACACGUGAAGAGAAGGUAAAAGCCACACUGGAUGAAAUUUUGGAGAGGCUCCCAGAAGAGUUCAAUAUCUCUGAACUUAUGGCUAAGGCAGAGGAGAGGACGCCAUACAUUGUAGUGGCUUUCCAAGAGUGCGAACGGAUGAACAUGCUGACCAGUGAGAUCAAAAGGUCACUCAAAGAGCUCAACCUGGGACUGAAGGGUGAGCUGACCAUGACCAGCGACAUGGAGAAUUUACAAAAUGCCAUUUACCUUGACCAAGUGCCCGAUUCCUGGACCAAGAGAGCCUACCCCUCCAUGGCCGGCCUGGCAGGCUGGUUUGUGGACCUCCUCAGUCGUAUCAAGGAAUUGGAGACCUGGACUGGCGAUUUCGCUCUGCCGUCCGCAGUGUGGUUGGUCGGAUUCUUCAACCCACAGUCCUUCCUGACCGCCAUCAUGCAGUCCAUGGCUCGAAAGAACGAGUGGCCGCUGGAUAAGAUGACGCUGCAGUGCGACGUGACCAAGAAGAACCGAGAGGACUUUAGCAGCCCACCACGAGAGGGAGCUUACGUUCACGGACUGUUCAUGGAGGGAGCGCGCUGGGACACACAGACUGGAAUUAUCACAGAUGCUAGACUGAAGGAUCUGACCCCCGCCAUGCCUGUCAUCUUCAUCAAGGCCAUUCCAGUGGACAAACAAGACACCCGCAAUGUCUACGCUUGUCCCGUAUAUAAAACCCGCCAGAGGGGGCCAACCUACGUCUGGACAUUUAACUUGAAGACCAAAGAGAACUCAUCUAAGUGGGUGCUGGCUGGGGUGGCCUUGCUUCUACAGAUUUAA